AUGCCUGGCUCUAGCUCCAACAAUUCAGCAAGCUGUUGCCAGCACAACAUCUGUGAUGAUGAGGUCCAGCACAUCAGCAGCAAUGAUGAGAAGGCUGUGCAGAAGGUGCACUUCUGUGCAGAAGGCUGUGCAGAAGCAUCUCCUCACCUCAACUCAACCUAUCUCCUCAUGCUUGCUUUAUUCAACAUGGUUUGUACUUCUGACAAGCAGGAGCUUCUGGAGGACAUCAAGACAGCAAUUCUUGCAUCUUUGCUGGCUGAGACUGAGCUCAAACUUGAGCUCACUUCUACUGCAGACACCUGGCAUCCAAAUGAUGACCUCAACAACUCUGAUGAUGAUUUUGACCAUGCUGUCUCAUGA